UUAACUAUUGUGAAUUAAAUAUUGUAAUCUGCCCCGACACUCUCUCACGUAAGGCGAAAAAAUCAACACGAAGAAAGAAAAAUUUGGAAAAUUUUCAAUUCAACAGCUUCAAAAGUCUUCAGAGUUGUGGAAAAACGUAUCCUCUUAAAUGUGUGUGGAUAAAAAUUAUCAAAAUAUAAACGCUCCCUUCAAGGGCCCAGGAAAAUAAGCAAAUAAUCAACAUCCUCCAUCCAAUCGACCAAAGGCACACCAACAACAACAACAUCAGCAGACAAGAAAAGAUUGAGUAAUUUUUUAGCAAAGAAAACAACAGACAGACAAGCAGGUAGUUCACACACACACGUACACCACUACUACUACUACGUUGUUGUCGUUUCGUUAAAGUCUAGACGAUCACCACUUACCUAGAAUAAGGAAGCUAGGAAAGAAGAACUCACAGAGGCGUACAUUAACCUUGAAACAAUGCCCAACUCAAGAGCCUCGGCCGCGGCCGAAGUGGUCCACACUGGAUCCGGACCCCAGCCAUUGGUGAAAAUUGGCCACUAUCUGCUGGGUGCUACUUUGGGCACGGGCACCUUUGGUAAGGUCAAAAUUGGUGAACAUCAAAUGACCAAACACAAGGUGGCGGUGAAGAUUCUGAACAGGCAAAAAAUCAAAUCCCUCGAUGUGGUGGGCAAGAUUAGACGUGAAAUUCAAAAUCUCAAACUUUUCCGACAUCCCCACAUUAUCAAGUUGUAUCAGGUGAUAUCCACACCCACGGAUAUUUUCAUGAUCAUGGAAUAUGUCAGCGGGGGCGAGCUGUUCGAUUACAUUGUCAAGCAUGGCAAGCUGCAGGAACACGAGGCCAGGCGUUUCUUCCAGCAAAUCAUUUCCGGUGUGGACUAUUGCCAUCGCCAUAUGAUUGUCCAUCGUGACUUGAAACCGGAAAAUCUGCUGUUGGACCACAAUCGCCAUGUAAAAAUUGCCGAUUUCGGUUUGUCCAACAUGAUGUUGGAUGGUGAGUUCCUGAGGACAUCUUGUGGCUCCCCGAAUUAUGCUGCUCCUGAAGUUAUCUCGGGCAAGUUGUAUGCUGGUCCUGAGGUAGACAUCUGGUCAUGUGGUGUAAUUUUAUAUGCCCUGCUGUGUGGCACCUUGCCUUUUGACGAUGAACAUGUUCCAACAUUGUUCCGGAAAAUCAAAUCUGGCAUAUUUCCCAUACCGGAAUAUUUGAACAAGCAGGUGGUGAAUUUGGUGUGUCAAAUGUUACAGGUGGAUCCGCUGAAGCGAGCCAACAUCGAGGAGAUUAAAAAACAUGAAUGGUUCCAAAAGGAUUUGCCAUCCUAUCUCUUUCCCUCUUCGAUUGAACAGGAUUCCAAUGUCAUUGAUACCUAUGCAGUGUCGGAGGUAUGUUCGAAAUUCGGUGUCAAGGAACAGGAGGUGCACAAUGCUCUGCUGAGUGGUGAUCCCCAUGACCAAUUGGCCAUUGCCUAUCAUUUGAUAAUUGACAACAAGCGUUUUGCUGAUGAGGCUGCCAAGACGGAAAUAAAUAAUUUCUUUGUUGCCGGCUCACCACCGCCGGCGGCCCACUCACCAAAUGAGCCGCAAGAUCCUAAUUUUGGUGGUGGAUCUUCAUCGGGUACCUCCACGCCGGGUAGAACGUCCUUGACACCAUCCAUGAAACCCCAUCCGGAACGUAUAGCGCCGCUGCGCGAACGGCAACUGGCCAUGGCAGUACAGGCCCAGGGAGGUGGAGCCUUCCCCGAGAAGGCUGCCCGCGGUACACCCAUUAAACGCGCCAAAUGGCAUUUGGGUAUACGUUCGCAGAGUAAACCCAACGAUAUUAUGUUGGAGGUGUAUCGUGCCAUGAAAGCCUUGGAUUAUGAAUGGAAAAUCAUCAAUCCCUAUCAUGUACGGGUGCGCCGUCAAAAUCUGAAAAAUGGUACCUAUUCCAAGAUGUCUUUGCAGCUAUAUCAGGUGGAUGCCAAAAGUUAUUUACUCGAUUUCAAAUCGCUGACCAACGAUGAAGUGGAACAGGGUGAUGAUGUUAUUUUGGAAAGUCUAACACCACCACCGUUGAGUCACUCCGGGGUAAUGCCACCCCAGCCCACGGGCCAUCAUACAAUGGAAUUUUUUGAAAUGUGUGCUGCUCUUAUUAUACAGCUGGCCCGUUGAAGUGGAGGUGCUGA